GCAGUAGACGUCAUCUCAGGGCGCCGGAAGGAAAGCACUUGGGCAGCUCUUCAAGCUGAGCUGAGCUGGCUGGUCGCUCGAGAUCCUGUGUUGACUUGUCAAGCGCUUUUGGAUGUUUUGGUAAUAGAGGGAAGACACGUAUUUACGUCUCCCAGAGCUUUUCCCCUCUGAAUUGCGUAACUGUCAAGACGACUUUUUGGAGCUCUCAACCGACGACAUGGAUUCCGCCAAUCAAGACAUCAAUCUGAACUCUCCACAUAAAGGCCUGGGCUCUGACUCUCUCUCAGACGUGCCUGAAGAGAGGGGGGCAGCCGCUGUGAGUCCUGGGACUCUCCCUCCGGGUCUGACAGAGGAGGAGGCCGAGGAACUGAGACUGGAGCUCACCAAGGUUGAGGAGGAGAUCCACACCUUGCGGCAGGUGCUGUCGGCUAAAGAGCACCAUGCAUCAGAGCUGAAGCGUAAACUGGGCCUGAGCCCCCUGAGCGAGAUCAAACAAAACAUCACCAAAAGCUGGCAGGACGUCCAGACCUCAAAUGCAUAUCUUUCAGCUUCUGCCACUCUGGAUGACAUUGCCAGCUCUGAAGUGUACAAAAAGACUCAGGAAACGCUGUCUCAGGCUGGACAGAAGACCUCAGCUGCCCUCUCCACUGUUGGCACAGCCAUCAGCAGGAAACUGGGUGACAUGAGAGCUCUUCCUUUCUCUAACUCCUUUGGUAGCAACUACUCCAUUCGCCAUUCAAUAAGUAUGCCAACUAUGAGGAACUCUCCAACCUUCAAAUCUUUUGAGGACAAAGUUGGAAACAUCAAGUACAAGGUGGUUGGGGGCAAAGCCAAUGGUGAAAGUGCUCACUCUCCGAACGAGUCCAACCCGGUGCAGGACAACGCUCCGUUCUGAGAUUUAAACACUCAUCUCAUUCUUUGUGAAUCCUGACUACACCCACACUUCCGUUCUCCCAGUUCUCCCAUUCUCUCUUAAUUCUUUCAUCCCUCCUUCCUCUGUCUCCUUUGAUACCCCUCCACCUACUGCUAGCAUGUGCUUGCUCAUCUCACUGAAAACACACACGUAGUACAGAUUCUGUGACAUGAAAUCAUCACAGGUUGUACAAAAGAAGACAAAUGAUAAAUCAUUUUGUAUUAGAAACUAUUUUACACUGCUUUGCAUAAUGUUUUUACAUAACUUUUAUCUAUAUACGACUAUAAAGGAAUAUAAAUAACUAUAUUUAAACAGUACUGCCAAGCAGCAUUCAUCAGGCGGCAGAGGGGUACAAAAUACAAGAAGAAGAAACAUUUAAAUCUGAAGGGGGGAGGAUUUUAGACCAAUAAAGAAAAGAAACUUGCUGCUGAGCAUUCAGUUGAGUUGUUUUUUUUACUCUCCGUACAAUGUGAAGCGAUGCUUUGCUGUACACCUGGUGAAUGUCUGACCUUCUCAGUCGGCCUUACACUCGCACUCUCUAUUGCGUUAUUGGUCUGUUGCUGGUAAAAACAUGUUACACAAAGUUGUUUUUUGCUUUUUUGUUGUUUUUUUUAUUUUUUAAUUUUUUUUUACCUGUGCUCUUUCUUGAUUGUUCAGUUUGUUUGUUUUUUUCAUUGAUGGGAAUGUUUUAUUUCUGCUGUUGACAUCGGAAAUCGCUUGCCUUUGCUUUGUGCCAUGCUGUGUGUGCCAGUUAGUAGAUGCCAUAGACUUUUUGUUGCCAGAAUGUUACACACACACAAACUAUCACAUCACAAGGAUCACUGUUCAAUUUUAAGAAAUAAAAAGGCAGUUACUUUCAUGUGCACAAAUCCAAAAUGUCAAGUGGCGAGUAAGUCCUGCUAAAUAAGCCGAAUUUCUUUUGUUAGUGGCAUUUGUUGAUUUUUCCCAACAGACGUGAACACUAGUGUUGUCUGUAUGAUAGCACAGUCACUUUUUACCUGAAAGAUAUUGGAGUAUAUUUCAUUAUUAGCAAGUGUAAUCUCUUAUUUUUCUUCAUUUUUAUCUGUUCUAUUCUGCUAUUUCAUUCACUUAUAUGGGUGUCAGUGGGUGGCCUUUUUUCAGUAUAUUACACACAAUUACAUGCCUCAUUGGGUGAAAUGCAAGGGAUUACAUACAUUUGACUGACUGGUGCAGAUGAUGAGACGCCAACAUCACGUGUUUUUCUGCUGGAAUACAUGUGUGAUGCCAUAGAAUUGUGUGGAUACACCUGUACACAAACGGUGAAAAGAUUGUGAACAUUCAGAGGAAAAGGACUUCUUUUUUUAUAAUUUUGAGUAGUCAUUUUCGGGAGGUUGUUGUUUAGGGAACAGGCACCAUAUAGCUUUAAAUUAGAGAUUUCAUCCUAGCUAUUUAGAUUUAAAGGUUCAGUUUGUUUUCAUUUAGAACAACAGUGGUGUAAUGUUUCAAUUAUUUUUGUCAGUUGUCUGUAUAUCAAUAAAGCAUUCUUUCAAAUGGCA